CUUAUCAUCAUUUGAUAAUCCAAAUUUGCAUUGAAUAGUCCUAUCUGUCUUUGAUUACAAUUCGACGAUUUGUAUGGAUGGAUGGAAAAGUCAGACUAAAGAUUCGACGUCAUGUUGAAGCUUGUGUUAGUUUGUGCUUUUCUUGCCGCCAUUUUCGCAGCAAAUGCAGUUUCGUUAUGCAUUCGUGAUAUUUGCAACAAUACAAUACCUGAAUCUAUAUGUGUAACUAAUGGAAGGACAACGAGAUUGUUCAAGAGUGAAUGCGAGAUGAGGAUUGCCGAGUGUAGUGAUCGUGAAAUAUGGGAGCAAACCAGCUUAAGUGAUUGCUUUUCAACUAAAGGAUCUGCUAUUAUUAUUGAUCCCAUCAACCUCUCGCCUGAAAUACCUGAUCUAAAUAUUAAUUUAGAUUUGAAUAUUCAGAAAUCAUGUAAUAUGGAUUGUAUGGACACCUAUGAUCCAGUUUGUGGUUUUGAUGGGAGUAGCUAUAUGGUCUUCCGUAACUCCUGCGACUUGGCAUAUACGAAAUGCAUGAAAAGCACAAACUAUGACGUCGUCGAUUCCAACUUGUGCAAUAUGGAACCGGAUCUAACAUUAUUCUGAACGGGACAGAUUUGAAAAAUGAUGGUCAACUAAUAAAAACGGAUUGUUGAAUGGAACUA